CAUAAAAUUGAGCACCGAAUCAUCCUCUCAUCAGUAUUUUUUAUCUAAAACAAUGAAUGCAACUUAAAGACUUUAUUAAAAAGCAUUUCAAGAAACUAUUAUUAUUAUUACAAAUUUGUGACUAUUACAGAAACUGCAAAAUAAUAAGAGCAUCAUUUUAAAAAUGUCCUUUUUUCAUAUUUUUCUACUGUCACCUUAUGUUGCAUCGCAUUCUUCCCUACAUCCUUUCCAGCAAGGCACUGCUGGUAAACACUCAAACAAAUGCAAGCACCUACGCAGACAGUAACUGCUUCUGUUAGCUAAAGGUGAAGCUCUGGGAACUGCCAGACGCAUGACACACAGGAAACACCAUAUAUGGCCGGACUCAUGCAAAUGAGGCUGGACUCACCUUGUUAUAUGAUGUGGAGACGCUGAUAAUGUUGUCGCUCCUUUACUUUCUCAGUCUGUGUAUUCGCCCUCAGUGCUGCUGGAGUUAAAGAUGUCUUUCUGUAGAUUUCCAGCCUUCACAGCAAACAAGAGAAUGAAGAACCGGGCGCUGAUUGUGUCAGUGGAGAAUUUCUAUCCUGACGCACUUCUCAGAAACAGACCCGGAGCCAAGAAAGACACGCAAAGACUUCACAAGAUCCUGAUGAAACUGGGCUUCUCUGUGGACAUCAGAGUGGACAUGGAAGCAGGAGAGAUUAUUGAGGCUUUCAAACAAGAGAGCGAGCAGACGGUCAAAGAGUGCUUUGUGGGCAUCAUCUCCAGUCACGGUGAAGAAGGUGUUGUGUUUGGUUGUGAUGGACGUGCUGUGAAUCUGGCCGAGAUCUACAGCUGCUUCAGAAGCCCAAUAAUGAAGGACAAGAGCAAACUCUUCCUCAUCCAGGCUUGCAGAGGUGGAGAUUUGGAUGGAGGCGUGCAGGUGGAGACAGACUCUUCAUCCUCAGAGGAACAGGACAUCCUGUCUGAGCUUCUUUCCAUUCCUAUCGACACUGCAGUAACAUACGCCACUUCACCAGGCUACGCUGCAUUCAUGCAUCCUCUGGGCUCGGUGCUGAUUCAGACUCUCUGUGAUCUGCUAGAAAGCGAUGGAGGUCCAGAUCUAGAGAUCACCAAACUCCUGACUCGACUGAACCACCAGGUGGCCUACAACUUCCAGGCCAGAGGGAAAAUACUGGGCGGGAAAAAGCAGAUGCCGUGCUUUGUGACGCGCUUCACUAGAGAAGUUUUCCCAUUCAGGAAAGCUGCGGCAGAAGAUGUGGGCUUGACUUUCGCAGCCACGCAACUCAUCGAUGAACCCAGGAGAUCACGGAAAACCUCUAUCAGCUGAAGAUCACAGAAAUGAGGAUAAAACUGAUGGAGGAACAUAGAUAAACUUUUGUUUACAAUCUCAAUGUGCAUCUCAGGACACUGACGUCAUCAUCAUGUAGAGUUCAAUCUCCAGCAGGAAGUGAGAGCGACUGGGAAUUUUGCAGAAUGAGAUCUUUGAUUGCUUACUGCUCCAUUUGCUUGACAGCUGUUCAUACUACCUACUUUUUAUUCUUUUUCAAAACAUUUCCCGAAGUGCAGUUUAACAGAGAGAGAAUUUUAUUGACUAAUUUCUAUUAACAUUUGCCUUUUAUCUUUGCCAUGAUGACAGUACAUGAUGUUUUUCUACUUAUAGUGCAAGAUACUAGUAUUUAUCUUAAAGUGACAUUUAAUUCUGUUAAAUAGGCAAAUCAUUGGACAACAGUGGUUUGUUCUGUAGCCA